UUCUUCAUUCUUCUUUGAAAAGUUUUAGGUGUUAUAUCAAGAUGGUUUCUUGGGCAUUUGUUUUUGAAAACUCAUAAUCACCCAAAAGCCAUAACCUUUGAAGAUAGGGUUCUGUCUUUGGUAUUGUGUAUGUUGAAAGUUUUGUUGCGUGUAUAUGUUCUGGACCAUCUAGUCUUUUUUGAUUUUGUUUAAACAGGCCUAAAUGUCUUUGUGAAGAAAAAUAGUUUUACUUUUUCCUAUAAGCGCAAUUAACAGCAUGAAUUUUGAUUUUUUCAUUCAGCUGUAAUUUCUGGUGGGAUGGCAAACAGUUCAUUCAAGCAAGAACAUGAUCUUGAGAAGAGGCGAGCAGAGGCUUCUAGGAUCAGGGAGAAAUACCCAGAUAGGAUUCCUGUGAUCGUGGAGAAGGCGGAGAGAAGUGAUAUUCCUAACAUUGAUAAGAAAAAGUACCUUGUUCCAGCUGACUUGACAGUAGGACAAUUUGUCUAUGUGAUUCGGAAAAGGAUCAAACUGAGUGCGGAGAAGGCAAUUUUCAUAUUUGUGGACAAUGCCUUGCCACCAACAGGGGCAAUUAUGUCUGCUAUAUACGAUGAUAAAAAGGACGAAGAUGGUUUCCUAUAUGUUACCUAUAGUGGAGAGAACACAUUUGGGGAACAGAUCUGA